CAUUUCAGAUUUGGCGGUUCUGCUCAAUUAACCGUUAAAUUUAGGGAUUUGGAAGUAAAGUAUUGGUCUAAGAGUUCGGGACGAAGACGACGACGACGACGUUGUUGUUUGACUGGGCUCGUUAUUUCUGCUAGAUACGUUUCCUUUUGGUAGGUAUAAAUAAAUGUGCCGCGUGUUCAUAUCUUCGUUUGGCCAUUUGGCACCAACUUGGAGUCUUGUGACUUUUAAUCAAGAGGCAGUAUUUGCAGAAGAAUUAUCUUGGGAAGGAAUUGUAGAUGAAAAUUAGUUGUUAAGGUCUAUUGACGUCGGUGAAGCGUUCUUUUGACGUAGGUGAAGCGUUUACGCAUACUAGGUAGAGGCCGGGUUGUUAAGAAUUGUGGAAAUUUGUGUAGAUUAUUGAGUUGAUGGGGGGCAGAAGUUCAAGGGAGGGGAGUUGGAGGCAGUCUUCGUCGCUUCGAUCUACGUCUUCAUCUUCGCGGAGUCAGUACGAAUAUCCGCAAUCUUCAUAUCCUCAAGAAUAUCCACAAUCUUCAUAUCCUCAAGAGAGUCCAUAUUACGCUCCUCAAGAGGCUUAUCCAGCUUAUCCACCCCAACAGAUUCCACCGCAACAUAAUUAUCCACCUCCUCCUCAAAACUAUGGGGGUCAGUCUCAUGACCCACAGAGGAAGCUUGACAGGAGGUAUUCAAGGAUUGCUGAUAAUUACAGAUCCUUAGAAGAGGUGACUGAGGCUCUUGCACGUGCUGGUCUUGAGUCUUCUAAUCUCAUAGUUGGUAUUGAUUUCACUAAAAGUAACGAAUGGACAGGUGCAAAGUCAUUCAACAGACGAAGUUUACAUCACAUUGGAGAUGGUUUAAAUCCCUAUCAACACGCUAUAUCUAUUAUUGGGAAAACCUUAGCAGCAUUUGAUGAGGAUAACUUGAUUCCAUGUUUUGGAUUUGGAGAUGCAUCAACACAUGAUCAAGACGUCUUCAGUUUCCAUCCAGAUGAGAGAUUUUGUAAUGGAUUUGAGGAGGUUUUAAGUCGGUACAGGGAAAUAGUCCCUCAUCUAAAACUUGCAGGACCAACAUCAUUUGCUCCCAUCAUUGAAAUGGCUAUGACUAUUGUAGAGCAGAGUGGUGGCCAGUACCAUGUUUUAGUAAUAAUUGCAGAUGGACAGGUAACUAGAAGUGUUGAUACUGAGCACGGUCAGUUAAGUCCACAGGAGCAGAAAACUGUCGAAGCAAUUGUAGAAGCAAGCAAGUUCCCACUAUCUAUUAUCUUAGUUGGGGUAGGAGAUGGGCCCUGGGACAUGAUGAGGGAAUUCGAUGAUAACAUCCCUGCCCGUGCCUUCGAUAAUUUCCAGUUUGUGAAUUUUACAGAAAUUAUGUUAAAGAAUGUGGCCCCGUCACGGAAAGAGACAGAGUUUGCUCUUGCAGCAUUGAUGGAAAUUCCUUCUCAAUACAAAGCAACAAUAGAGCUAAAUAUUUUGGGCAGUGGUCGGAAAGGGAAUGCUCCUGAGAGGAUUCCUCUACCCCCUCCUGUGUAUGGUGCUGCUUCUUUUUGCAGUUCAAAAUCUUUUCAAUCAACUAGUUUUCAGCAGAGCUCCUCUCCUUAUCAUGGCCACAGCAGUCCUGUAGGCACUGCUCCAUCUGCUCCAACUUCUACUUAUGAUAACCAGGUUUGUCCCAUUUGCCUCAGUAAUCCGAAAGAUAUGGCCUUUGGCUGUGGGCAUCAGACAUGUUGUGAUUGUGGACAAGACCUUCAGUCGUGCCCAAUUUGUCGGAGUCCAAUCCAAACCAGAAUAAAGCUCUACUAAGCAGUUCUUUUUGGUGCUUUAAUUCCUCAUAGCCGGUGCAAAAAAUUUGAAAAAAAAAAAUCCUCCUAGCCAGUGGUCAAAACUCCUCUUUGUACAUUGUUUUAUUCAGAUUAUUUCUUCUAUUUGGAACUGCUGGUCUAAGCAUUUGGCAACCCCAAAAGUUAGUUUGGAAUUGGACCUGGGAGGCAAGGAUUUCUUUAAAGGAGGUUGUUAGGAUUGGGUUUUCUGUUCAAUUUGCCGCUGCUUUUUUCGGCUGUAUGUCACGCUGUUUAUUAAUCUAUUUACCUACACAAUAAAUUACAAAAUAUUGAUUGAAAAUGACGUUGGAAACAAUGAAGCAAAUAUUGCACCUUGUACCUUUUUGGUA